GGCGGACGAGUAGGAUUUUCCGGGGAGUGGGCCAGUUGCCACGGCGAAAGUGCCGGUAUAUAUGCCAGUGAUUGGCGCGAUGUAGCUUCAGUGUGCACCUUCGAACGACACCAUGAGCACUCCGCAGAAGCUUGUAUUACUCGCCCUGGUGGCGACAGCUCUAGCCGGCGACGCUAAGAAAUCGAGCGCCGAGACGACAAAACCGGCCGCCGAGACGACAAAAGAAAAGAGCAAACGAGGACUGGAGCUGAGUCUCGGAGGUGGUGGCGGUGGCCUAGACAGUUUCGGACACGAAGGUUUAAGUCUCGGUGGAGACCUGGGAGGGCACGGAGGUUUGAGCUUUGGCGGAGGCCUUGGAGGAGGAUUUGGUGGAGGCCUCGGCGGAGGAGGCGGAGGAGGCGGUGGUGACGGAGGUCGUAUAACUGGUAUCACGAUCCACCGAGAGAAUCAGGUUCGCGUACCGCAACCGUAUACAGUGGAGAAAAGCGUACCUGUACCGUACCCGGUUCCGGUUAAGAUUCCGGUGGAGCGGCCAGUCCCGGUGCACAUACCGAAACCUUAUCCAGUCCCAGUAGAAAAACCAGUACCAGUGCCAGUGGAGAAACCGGUCCCAGCGCCGUACCACGUGCCCGUCAAAGUGCCUGUCAAGGUACCUGUCCCGUUUAGCGUGCCCGUAAAGGUUCCAUUCCCGGUCGAAAAGGAGAUUCCUUAUCCAGUCAAGGUUCCCGUCGUCGUUAAGGAAUCGUACCCCGUUCUGGUUAGCAGUGGUCACGGCGGAGGCGGCGGCGGCGGCGGCGGCUUUGGAGGUGGAUUUGGAGGACACGGUUUUGGAGGACACAGCUUUGGAGGACACGAAUUGUCCUUCGGUUUACAUCAUUAGAGAUAAGGAUGAACCUCAUCGUUGCAGAUUUUCAUCCACACUCGUAUAUUUGUAUAUAACGAUUAUAUUUUUUUAUGGAAAAUAAAUAUUAAAUUAUUAAA